AUGACACUCACGAACCAAGACGAACUGAGGGGUCUAGUCGACGCUCUUUACCAGUUGACCCCCGACCUCAUCAAGACCGAUAAACGAUUCCUUUCCUUACAAUCCUCGAAUUUCGACCGCGAGGAAAUCCUCCGAUCUCUCUUCGAACCCAAAGGGCCCUCGCUGAGGCCCCUCUACCUCUUGUACACACUCUUGACUGAGAUACCUGGCUCCUGGCCACCACUGCCUCUCAUCGACUGCCAUACCAGACUCACAAGAUGCCUUCCCGAAGGUACCAAAACAACUCCCGACAAGGACUCGAAAUGGCUCAUUGAAAAGACGAGGAGAUUGGUGAAGGAGUCGUAUCACUCCUUCGGGCAGUUCAUCGGACGGGACGACAGGCCAGCGCUGCGGUCGACGAGCCCCGCCAACUACAUCACCCACCGCGGUCUCAGGAACUUUGUCGAAUGCUUCCGAUUACCCCUUGAACAUGGCACACGGAACCCGAUUGUCGCCAUCGCGCUUCCGAAUGGGCCGCUCUUAGCUGCGGCGGUCAUGGCCGUUGCGACGUACUACACCGCUGCGCCCAUCAACCCCGCGGUGGGCCCGGAGCAGUUCCAGGCCGAUGUUCUCCAGGCCGGUGCGCGGUGCAUCAUCACCACGCCAGAGGAUUACAAGAAGCUGGAUUUAAACAGUGCUUGGGUCUCCAAGUCCGGUAUUCAGGUCGUCUUUGCCGAGUGGAAUCAGGGCGACGACAUCACUCUUCAAACAAUGACAGGCUCCCCUCUGCCGAUCUCAGACACUCCGAGACCCAACAAGGCCGAUGAGGUCGCGUUGAUUCUUUUCACCAGCGGAACAUCAGGGACGAAGAAGGUGGUCCCUUUGACGACACACUCCAUGAUUGCAGGCAUUUCUUUCGUGGUGGACUCGUGGGGUCUGACGUCCGCGGACAUCUGUCUCAACAUGAUGCCACUGUUCCACGUUGGCGGCUUGGUGAGAAACAUCUUCGCGCCCAUUUUCUCCGGUGGCUCGACGAUAUGCUGCCCCGCCUUUGACCCAGGUCUCUUUUGGGAUAUGAACGAGGAGAUCCAGCCGACGUGGUACUACGCGUCGCCGUCCAUGCACUCGGUCAUUCUGGCGGGGGCAGAGUCGCGGCCGACGGCCUUGCAGAACAGCAAGAUCCGGCUCGCAUGCAACGCGGCGGGUGGUUUGCUUCCAUCGCUCGCGUGCCAACUGAGGGAAACGUUCAACUGCGUCGUGUUGCCGAGCUACGGAAUGACUGAGUGCAUGCCGAUCUCGACGCCUCCACUAGACUACAUCUUAGACCGCCCAGGAACAUCAGGAAUCAGCACGGGGCCGGACCUGACCAUCCUCGACUACUCCGACGAACGUGCAGCACCCGGGGAAGUGGGAAGAAUUUGCGUCCGAGGAGAGCCGGUGUUUUCGGGAUACCUCCAACCGGACGGAUCUUUCGACAAGUCGCCUUUCAACGAAAAUGGUUGGUUCGAUACUGGCGACCUGGGAUACAUGGAUGAUGAGGGGUAUCUAUACAUCACAGGUAGGAGCAAGGAGGUUAUCAACCGCGGCGGAGAGCUGAUCUCGCCUUUUGAGGUUGAGAAUGCCAUCAUGGCGGCAUCAAUGGCUUUCGGGACGCCAAUUUCAGGACGCAUCUCACAGGUGCUCGCGUUUUCUGCAACUCAUGAUGUUCUUCAGGAGGUCGUGGGAGUCGCCAUCGUCCCCGCCGUGGAUAGGCCGCGAGUCGACUUGAAGACAAUCCAGAACGCACUCAAGCAAUCACUGCAGCAGGCGAAGUGGCCCGUCUGCAUUGUGUACAUGGAGGAUCUUCCGAAGAAGAACAACAAGAUCUUGCGAAUCAAGUUGGCUGAAAGGCUGGAACUGCCAGAGCUGACAGACGCAACGCCUUACAUCGAGAGACACUGGGAAGCCGACUGCCCUCCGCCAGAUACCUCCCUCGACGUGCCAAUAUCUUCUCGCCUGUGCAUCAUCGAUCCUGACGAGCUAGCUGCUUGUUUGUGCUCCAUCACGCCAGCGAGCUUUGAGGGCUAUCUCCGCUUCGACUCGAGACUCGGCAUGGCCGAGGCCUUCCUCGCACCCAAGACUCCCGGGUUAGAGCCCUUGAGUGUCGAAUUCUUGGACCAUGUUCGGCAGGAAAUGGCGACUCAGGUCCACAACUACAUGAUUCCCAGCAAAUUCCACGCCAUGAGACUACCGCUCCCUCAGUCCGAGAAGGGAGUCAUCGACGAGACGAGACUUCAAGAAGACCUGAACCAGCUUCUCGCCGACCAGCUCCAGGGCCUGUUGAGCACGACCGAGGGCAAGGUGACCAAGAUCUUCGCAGAGGUGCUCUCAUGCAGCCCCUCCGAUAUCCCAACGGACACCGACUUCUUCAGCUUGGGAGGAGACUCCCUCAGCGCCGGGAAACUCAUGUCUGCACUCCGGUCAGAGCUAAACACCAGCAUCCCAAUCAGUCUCAUCUUCAACAGCGGAACUGUCACCGAGAUCUCAGCGCACAUCGACAAGAUCUCCGCCUCGACCUUCCACGACGAAGAAGCCAAAGCGAACGACGACCACCUCGUCACGACCGAACCGAAAAGCUCGACAAACCCGUGGCUGAUGGCAGUCCAGCUCCUUCCACUCGUCGUCUUCUACCCCAUGCGUAGAGCUCUCCAGUGGACCGUCUUCCUCGUCGCCCUCGCGCAAACCCAGUUCUGGCACACCAACGAAUCCGUCCCGGGCCGCCUCUUCAACCUGACGGCCUCCAUCGUCUUCGCGCAGAUCAUCAUGAGACUCACCAUGCCGUUCGCGGGCAUAAUCGCCAAAUGGGCAAUCAUCGGACGCUAUCGCGAAGGUGUCUAUCCCAUGUGGGGCCUCUACCACACCCGCUGGUGGAUGGUUCAGAAGAUCGUCAGCCUCUGCGGCGAGGGCAUCUUUGGAUUCUCCGACUACACGAUGUGCCUGUAUCUGCGCAUGCUCGGAGCAAAGGUUGGGACAGACGUCAAGGUUUCCGGCGUCUCGUUUGGGGAGUGGGAUCUUCUGGACAUCCGCGACGGCGUCGUCCUCGCCAAGUGUAUCUGCCGCCCGUUCGCGGCGGAGGCCAACACUUCGAUGUACCUCGGACGCAUCAUCAUCGGGGAGAAGGCUUCCGUGGGCUUCUCUUCAAUCGUUGCGCCGGGGGCCGUCAUCCCGCCCAACACCUGCAUAGGGCCCAACUCGUCUAGCUGGGAGCUGGAUGAUGCGGAUGAAUCGAACAGGGACACGCUUCCAACAAAGGCCCCGAAGCCGCACUGGCUACUCACACUUCUCGGGACCAUGCCUCUAUUAGCCAUCGGUUGGCUCCUGUCGCUGACCCCGUGGCUCAGCGGCCUCGUCGGCAUGGUCCUCAACCAGCCUCUCAGCAGUCACUCGCCGAUGAGGGAUAUCCUCGAGUGGUUUACCCACAGCCACCGCGUGGGAUACCACUACCUCGCUUUGAUCCUGCGAUCCACCUUUACGCCAUUCUUCGUAUUUGGCUUCGCCGUCCUGGUGAAACUCCUCUUGGACGCCAUGUUCGGCCCCCUGAGGGGCGGCCCUAACAAAAUUCGGGGCAACAUCGAGACCUGGCGGACGGAUCUCAUCAGGAAGCUCCUCCCAGGUGCCCGUCUUCACGACGUCACCGGCCUCUUUGGCUCGCACUACGAGGCCACUUCAGUCGCCAUCCGCAUGAUGGGCGGGAAAAUCGGCAAACGGGUGUACUGGCCCGGCACCGGCCCCGUGAUCACCGACUACCACCUCCUCGACAUCGGCAACGACGUCGUCUUUGGAUCGCGUUCUCACUUGAUCACAUCAGACAGCAUCGGAUCCGAGAAGAUCAUCAUCCAGGACCGCGCCAUGAUCGCCGACCGCGUCUGUCUCCUGCCGGGGGUUGAAGUCGGCGAGCGGACCACCAUGGGCUCCGGCGCGUUGACGAGACGGAACAAGCUGUACGCCAAAGGCGGCACCUUCGUCGGCUCCAAGGGCGGAGACGCCGUCUGCCUGACCACCGGCCGCGACAGCUUCAAGCAGGAGAAGCGAGCGAGCCGGUACUUCCCCAACGAGAAGGCCAUGGCUGCCGACAGGUUCAUCGUGCCACGCAAACCCCUCCCAACCCCCGCGCCGAAACCAAAAACACCCGCCGACCAGCCAGACGCAAACGACGCGUCCCCGUUCGGAAGGGCCUUCUACCUCAACCAAGCAUCCUACCGCGUCCUCGGGCCCGGCACCAUCUUCCUCUACUCCACCUUCAUCACCGUCUUCACCGCCUUCUACUGGAACGUGCCCACCAUCUCCUCGAUCCAGCUCAUCAACAGCGUCUACGACAUCUUCCACGCCGAGAGCAAAAACGACUGGUACGCCGUCAUCCUGCUCUACGUGCUCUCCUUCGCGGGCAUCUCCGUCCUCAUGACGCUCCACGCCGUCGUCGCGCUCGCGCUCGUCGUCGCCGCCAAGUGGCUGCUCCUCGGGCGCCGGCAGCCGGGCAACUACGACUGGGACAAGUCCGCGUACUGCCAGCGGUGGCAGCUCUUCCUCGCGAUCGAGCGGCUGCGGCGGCACUGCUACCGCGGGCACGGGGUGCUGGGCAUGCUGACGGGCACGCACUGGAUGGUGCUGUACUUCCGCGCGUUGGGCGCCAAGAUCGGCAAGGACUGCGCGCUGUUCGCGAACGGGGAGCCGAGCCUGAUGUUCACCGAGCCGGAUUUGAUUACGCUCGGAGACAGGGUUGCGGUGGAUGAUGCCAGUGUUGUGGCGCAUAUUAAUACCCGCGGCAAGUUUGACUUGAACCGCCUCGAGAUUGGGGAUAGGUGUGUGCUGCGGACGGGGAGCAGGUUGUUGAGCGGUGCCACGAUGAAGAACGAUAGUUGUCUUUUGGAGCAUACUCUCAUUAUGGGAGGGGAUGUAGUCGAGGCGAAGUGGACGAUGCAGGGUUGGCCAGCUGAGAGGUUCUCUGGUUCCCGAGUCGGGAUCAUGGUGAACAAGGAUGACGACGAGAGUGAUGUUGAUAACAUCAUCGACUCAUAUAAUACGUGGUGA